CAACCAACCCUCAAUCCCCACUCCUCCUCGUCCCUAUCUCUUCCUCCUCCUUUCCCUCCUCGCUCCCCACAACCACACGGCCGGCCUCGCUCUUCCUCCGCCGCCGAAUCCCGUCCAGUCUGAUCUCGAGCAAAGAACCGCAGGCGCUUCGUCCGGUUCGAUCCAGCCCGGCGGUUGCGGAACGCGUGGCGUGAUGGCGAGGAGUUCGUUCAAGCUGGAGCACCCGCUCGAGAGGAGGCAGGCUGAGGCCAACCGCAUCAGGGAGAAGUAUCCUGAUAGAAUUCCUGUCAUUGUUGAGAAGGCCGAGAAGAGCGACAUCCCAGACAUUGACAAGAAAAAGUACCUUGUUCCUGCUGAUCUCACUGUUGGACAGUUUGUGUAUGUCGUAAGGAAGCGGAUCAAGCUCAGUGCUGAGAAGGCGAUCUUCAUCUUUGUAAAGGACACCCUCCCACCGACAGCUGCUCUGAUGUCUGCAAUCUAUGAGGAGAACAAGGAUGAUGACGGCUUCCUCUACAUGACAUACAGUGGCGAGAACACCUUUGGGCUGUUCUAAGUGUGGUGGGCGAUAAAACUAAAGCUGCUGGACAAUUCCUCCUGUAAAUAGGCAUCUGAAGAAGGAAGGACUCUGUAUAUAUCAUGGUUCACCUUGUCGUUGCAAGUCCUUGCAUUUAAUUGUCGAAAACGUGUCUGACGUUCAAAGCAUAUGAUGCUUGAAACGUUUUAAUUACUGUCUGAUCCUUCUGCCACAGUAGUUUCAUUUCUCCUAUGUGGUCAUUGAAGUUAAUGUCGUUCUAACAAAUUGAUAUCCAGAUUAAAGUGGUUAAGUUAUCA